GCAACACACACACACAAUCAAGUAAAACACUACAAACACUUCCUGCUCGAUGUGUGUUGGUAAACAGUGACCACAUGCGAUCUCUCAGCGAUCUCUCAUCUUUGUUGUGAAAGAGAACGACAACGACUUUGUUUAAUAGCCAGUAUCAGUUUAACAGCGUAACAUUUUUUGCUAUUUCCACGUUCUUUCUGCAGUUGCACGAUGGGAAAUGAAAGAUUGUCUUUCUGAGUGUAAACUACCCCUUGCAUGCUGCAUUUUCGCAUGGUAGAUGCAUUGUCUCAGUCUCAAACAAUUACAGUCCCUGAUGGAUUUUAUAAAAGCAUUAAUUCCAGCUACUGCAAAUAUUGUUUUAUCUGUGUCAGCAUUGCAUGCUGCUCAUCACCUAUUCAAGGACCACAGAGCAUCAGCGCUGGGCUUCUUCCUGAUUGGCUGCUCCUCUUUCCUCUCAGUCCUUUCUCCCACUAGCCAACCAAUCAUAUCACUCCAGACGGAUCUAGAAUGGGCAGGUGAAACACUUGGACCGGCACUGUCUAGUUUUGACUUUCUGUGGCUCAGCGAGGACCACUUCACUGCCCGGAUCCUCCUGAUUGGCUCCACCCUUCUCCUUACGCUCUCUAAUUGGCUGUCACCAGACGGGUUGAUGUUUAUGUCAUUCUGCCUGGCCUUUUCCUCCCUGUCCUGUUCGCUCACAGUGUGUGCGUUUGCUGAAAAUGCAGCAGGGGCAGUGGGCAGUAUAGCCCUCAGUCUGUCUUUGUUCAUGUCUCACAGGAGCCGAUCGGGCUCAUUGGGUUCUCUUAUAUCUCCUGAGGUCACAGGAGGACUCCUCGGCUGGGCCCUCAAAGUCAUCAUGGCAUUAGGUUGCUGGACCACUAGGAGGGCGCUUAAUAAAUUUCUUUUGGAUUUAAAAGGUUGGGACUGAGCAGUAUUAUAGGGGUGUAAAGUUAAAGCAUCUGAUGUAUUUUAUAGAUAACAAAGUACCACAAACUUCUACUUCUGUCAUCUCAGGCUAUAAGCAUAAGCACCUAUACAUGCUAUUUAAGCUUACAUAAUGACUUCACUUAUCUAAUUUAAACUGUGGAAUAUAACCCAUACACGUCAUCAAGAUCGUCAGGAUUACUUGACAAUUACCGACAAGUUUGACGUAAACCUUGAAGGACAGCAGACACUUCAGGACCAUAGUUAAAUAUCCUUGUGUACAGUAUAUUAACUUUGUAUUAGCACCUAUUGUAUUAUUGCUCCUGUAUGGCAUAUCACUUUAUUGCUUCCUUAACUCUCUGUAAGUCGCUGGAUAAAAACAUCUGCUAAGUGACUAAAUGUAAAUGUAAAUAUUGAAACUGGAGAUUAACAACUGUAACUAUGUGAGUUUGGUUAUAAUGGAUAUACAUUCACCUAAAGGAUUAUUAAAAACACAUGUUUAAUUUCUCA